AUGGCACCUCUUCUGACACUCGUUGUCGGCUCUCUGUUGGCUGCGCAAGGUCUUGCCGAGCCAUUCGAGAAGCUCUUCGGCAUUCCAGAGGGAUGGAAGCUCCAGGGUCCCGCAGCGAAUGAGCAAACGCUGAAGCUCCAAAUCGCUCUUCAGCAGAGCAAUGCUCAGGGUUUCGAGCAGGCUGUUAUGGACAUGUCCACGCCCAGCAACGCCAAGUAUGGACAACAUUUUCAAUCCCACGAAGAGAUGAAGAGGAUGAUUCUCCCCAGUGAGGAGACUUCCACUUCCGUGUCCGCCUGGCUAAAGGCUGCCGGCAUCGAGACUGUCGAGCAGGAUGCCGACUGGGUGACAAUCAAAACCACCGUCGGUGUCGCAAACAAGAUGCUCGACACCAAGUUUGCUUGGUACAUUAGCGAAGAGGCGAAGCCACGCAAAGUUCUCCGCACACUCGAGUACUCGGUUCCUGAGGAUGUUGCUCAGCACAUCAAUUUGGUACAGCCGACCACUCGUUUCGCCGCCAUUCGGGCGAACCACGAGACCGAGCGCGAGAUCUUCGGCCUCCAGCUCGCUGCUGUUGCCAAUAACACUGUCGACUGCGAUAAGACCAUCACUCCCCAGUGCUUGAAGGCUCUUUACAAGAUUGACUACAAGCCCGAUCCCAAGAGUGGCAGCAAGGCUGCCUUCGCUAGUUAUCUAGAGGAGUACGCUCGCUACAGCGACCUCGCCCUUUUCGAGAAGAAUAUUCUUCCGGAGGCAGUCGGCCAGAACUUUUCUGUUGUUCAGUUCCACGGUGGCCUCAACGACCAGAACUCUACUGCAGAUAGUGGCGAGGCCAACCUAGAUUUGCAAUACAUGCUAGGUCUCGCUCAACCCUUGCCCAUCACGGAGUUCAGCACCGGUGGUCGUGCCCCAUGGGUCGCCGAUCUUGACCAGCCAGACGAGGCUGACAGCGCCAACGAGCCUUAUCUCGAGUUUCUCCAGAGCGUGCUCAAGCUAUCCCAGAAGGAUCUUCCACAGGUCAUCUCGACGUCGUAUGGUGAAAAUGAGCAGAGUGUCCCCAAGUCAUACGCGCUCUCCGUAUGCAACCUUUUCGCUCAACUCGGCUCCCGUGGAGUCAGCGUCAUCUUCUCCUCCGGCGACUCGGGCACAGGUUCGGCAUGCCUCAGCAACGACGGCAAAAACACGACCAAGUUCCAGCCUCAAUACCCUGCUGCCUGCCCUUGGGUGACUUCCGUUGGAUCUACACGCUAUCUCAACGAGACUGCUACGUUUUUCUCGUCUGGUGGCUUCUCAGACUACUGGAAGCGUCCCUCGUACCAGGACGACGCUGUCAAGGGGUACUUCCAUCACCUCGGCGAGGCGAACAAGCCAUACUUCAAUCGUCAUGGUCGUGGUUUCCCUGAUGUGUCGGCCCAAGGGUUUGGGUACAGAGUCUACAAUUCGGGCGUAUUGAGGGGAUACCAAGGUACCUCGUGCUCAGCGCCUGCGUUUGGCGGCAUAGUCGCUCUUCUCAACGACGCGAGACUGAGGACGAAGAAGCCAUCUCUCGGCUUCUUGAACCCGCUUUUGUACUCCAACCCCGAUGCGCUGAAUGAUAUUAUUCUUGGCGGAAGCACGGGGUGUGAUGGCCACGCGAGGUUCCAUGGUGCACCGAACGGCAGUCCUGUCAUCCCCUAUGCCUCCUGGAAUGCCACCGCAGGAUGGGACCCCGUCUCUGGGUUGGGUACGCCGAACUUCCCGAAGUUGCUCAAGGCCGCAGUGCCAAGUAGGUACAGGGCUUAA